UGUGAGCGCUUGGGCUAUCCUUUCGUCAACCGCAUUGAACCGUCUGAUCUCCGGUAUUACAUUAAUCUUAUCAAAGAGAAAGACUACGCGGUGGAUCAUCACCACUUAAAGAAAUACUUCCCUCUGCGCGCUGUCAAAGCCGGAGUGUUGCGGUUAUAUCAACAUUUGCUCGGACUGACUUUUGCUCGCAUAAAUACAACAGAUGUAUGGCAUCCGGAUGUGGAAAUG